UCGCUCUCUGCCACAGUGGUCAUUUUCAAUGGUGUCGUUACACUCAGCUCACAUGGGAGUUUCUGAACUAGUUGGAUUUCCUUAUUGCAGAAAUUUUCAACUGAACUGCUCAUCUUAUAUUUUGAAGACGUAGACACUCCUCACGAUGAUUAUCAUAUCGGAGCCCCAGCAAGAUUGUUGAAGUUGGGCGUUGUGGCUUUCCUAGAAUUGUUAUCGACUCACUUAUGCAGCUAUUCCAAGGGGCGAGAGGAAUUUCGGGGAGUAUUGGCAAUUGUCAGACUUUUUAAUCAUUCUCCUCUUUUCAACUGCGAAUUGCAUGAUACAAGCUUUACUCUCCACGUCAUUACAGCGCACAUCGUUGUGCGCUACGUCAUUCUACCUACAAUUUCAAAAGGUCUCAACGCCGACACUUGUUACUUCUAGUGAUACCCAUCAAAUUUACUCACCUGUAUUCUAGUGGAGUUCGAAAUAAUGAAGCUAACAGGAUUGGGGAGCCGCGUGACAUUUUUGGGGAAAUCAAUUCGAGCUUGGUAGCGGAAGUUUCGCAAGUUAUGGAUACAGAUUAUUAAAGUGCCUUCCUGUAUUUACCGUUUAUUUUCGUGCACCGAACGGGGUGAUUGGCGUGUGUUGGUGAUACAAGUAAGACCGGAUGGGCAAGAAUUCCUUGACUAACUACUUUCACAUGUGAUUCGUCCUCAACUCGACAGCAUCAUCUGAAGACUUCUACGGUAACAUCAAGUAAUCCAAAAUGGUUGUCGUAAACAACAUAGAAGCGGACAUUCUACCAGCCAGGAUCCUGAAGCCGAACCUGCAAACGAAUUGGGCGCAAAACAUCGUUUACGGAACGAAUACUCUCCAUGAGGUUAUUUCAAUCGAGGAGAUUCAAGCCUUGCUGCAGUCGCAAGAGAAGGUCACAACCGCCGGCACAGGCCAUACCUUCAAUUUCAUUGCGGACAAUCUCCAUAGUCGGCUCUCGCUGAGGUCGUUGCACCAAGUGUUGCACCUAGAUGAAGCAACCCGCACAGUAGUUGUGGACGCGGGCAUUAAGUAUGGGCAACUCUGCUCCUUUCUCGACAGCCGGGGGUUUGCGUUGCAAAACCUGGCGUCGCUCACAGAGCUCUCGAUUGCUGGUGCAAUCAGCACUGCUGCACAUGGAUCAGGCAAUAAGAAUGGUAAUCUCGCCACCUCCGUCUCUGCUUUGGAGAUGGUGACUGGCAAUGGGGAAAUAGUGAAGCUCUCUCGGCAAUCUGAUGGUGAAGUCUUCUCUGGAGCUGUGGUCGGGCUUGGUGCUCUCGGUGUCAUCACUCAGAUCACAUUAGAUAUUCACCCAGCUUUCACAAUGCGGCAGUUCGUGUACAAGGAUCUACCGCUAGCUCAGGUUAUAGAUCACUUCGAUGCCAUUAUGGGUAGCGGGUACACUGUCAGUCUCUUCACUGAUUGGCAGGAUCAGCGGAUGUACCAGAUGUGGUUAAAGGUCCGUGUCGAAGAUGGCCAAACAUUUGAGGCGCCGCAUGAGUUUUUUGGAGCGAAGUUGCUCACUGAAAACGUAAACGUAGUCCGCGGAAUGGCGGCUGAGAGAUGCACCGAGCAAUUGGGAGUACCAGGGCCCUCAUACCAGCGUCUUCCUCACUUCCGCGAGGGUUACCUGCCUGGCGUUGGCGACGAACUCCAGUCUGAGUACUUCAUGCCCCGCCAUCAUGCUGCUGCUGCAAUCUUAUCCAUGGAGCGUUUGCGCGAUCAAAUUUCUCCGAUCCUUUUCGAAUCGGAGAUUCGUACGAUCGCGGCAGACGAUCUGUGGAUGAGCACUUGCUAUGGCCGUGACUCCGUGGCGAUCCACUUCUGCUGGAAAAACGACUGGCCGGCAGUUCAGCGCCUGUUACCCAUCAUCGAAAGCAAGUUGGCUCCAUUCGAUCCUCGCCCUCACUGGGGUAAGCUCUUCGCUAUGUCGCCUGCCCUAGUCCAGUCGAAGUACGAAAAGUUGGUUGAUUUUGUCAAGCUCGCUGCUAAGUACGAUCCGAAGGGAAAGUUUCGCAACGAAUUCCUCAACACCAACGUCUUCACUAACUGUAAUCCGUAAUUGCCUCAGUCCUGGCACUGAGGUAGGUGAUAGCGUUCAAUGAUCUUGUAGAAAGUAGACCACUCGUUAAGUGGUUUUCAUGUCAACGACACUGAAUUGUGGAUAAUUAGUUGCAUAAAUUCUACUGUGUGACAUAGCCAAGCACCAUGUGUCAAACUCUGGAAUUCCAGCACUGUCUCGAAGUAAAUGCUCUUGGCAUUGUUUACUAUUUGCUGGGCAGUGAGUGUUUGUUUU